AUGGCCGCCAGGGUUCCCGGGGCAGCUUCCCGCCAGCUGCUGUUCGCGCUGCUGGCCUCCUUCCUGCUGGCCGCUGCGGGUCGCCGGCUGCACCUGGGCAGCUGCGCUGUCAGCGUCCACACACACGAACUCAAGCAGUACUUCAGCGAGAUCCGAAAAAGCGUGUCAACCGAAGAUGACCACUUGGGCUUGAAGCUUUUGAAGGCGCACACCAUGAAAGACGUGCAGCCGGCAGAGAGCUGCUGCUUCCUAAGGAUGUUGCUGCGUUUCUACGUGGAAAGGGUAUUUGGCAGCUAUGCCACAGGCCAGUCUCAACUAAGGAGGAGCACCAGCAACCUAGCUAACUCCUUUCUCAGCAUCAAGAAAGAUCUUCGCCACUGUAUGCACUGCCGCUGCCAAGAAGAGACCAACAUUAAAUUCGCAGCCAUUCUGGCUAACUUUGAGAAGCUGGACCAGAGAGCAGCAGCGGUGAAAGCCAUGGGGGAACUGGACUCUCUCCUGGACUGGCUGGAUGGGUUCAAUGUAGACAGGCACCACGGUCUGGAUGGAGAGGAGUGA